AUGAUUGAAAUUGAACCAUAUUAGAUUUUUGAUAGCAUCUUAAUGAUGGCGAAAAGUGAAUAUAAAUUUUCUCCAUCUUCUGACCUUGUGAGAAUUCGAGAGCCUUAUCAAUUUGGCUUAAUAAAAAAAUCUGAAUAUACUUUAAGUAAAGAAAAGGAAAUUAUUUAAUAAAAAUAAUACAAAAGCAGUGGAAAUAUUGAUUCUACUCAUUGGAGUAUUUUAAGCAAAGAAGAAAAUAAGUAUUAUAUAGAAUAUAAUUCUGAAAUACCAGAAGCUACACCAUAAAUCGAUACUUCUUAUAAUUAAAUCUGAAAGUGAAAGUGGAUUCGACUUGUUAUGAUGUAGUAUUAUUAUUAAAAGUUCAUAUAAUUGAAUGUAGUAAUGCUGAAAGGGAUUAUUUUGCUAUUUUAAAAGAAGAAUCAGUUUCAACAAUGGGAAUUAAAAAUGUUACUAAUAAACAAAGAAAAAUUGAUUAAUUAGAUGAUAUUCUUAUGACUAAUUAUUUGGAAGUUUAUUAAUUACAAUAAGAUAAUCAAUUGUAGUUCUAAGGAAAUUUAACUACAGAAAUAUUAAGGAUAUUAACUAAGGAUAACACAUUUAAUCUAGAAAUAGUAGAUUUUAAAUUUCACAUAAAUACUUAAAUUACCAUUUUGAACCAAUAAGGACAAUUUUUAAGUUUAAGGUAUAAUAUUUAAUCUAAGGAAUGGAUGUUAGAUUAAUAUAUACUCACUGAAAUUGAUAAACAUUACGCAUAUGAUUAUGUAUUUGAUACAAAUAAUAACCUUACUCAUAAAUAAGCUAUUAUUUCAGAUACAAUUCUAUAUUAUAAGUUUAUUAGUGAUGGAGAUAAAAGUUGGACAAUAAGAGAUUUAAAGAAUGAUAUCAAUUCUAAGGUUUAUAUAUCGUUUAGCUAUAUUUUGUUGUAGAAUCAAAAAUCGCUUUCACUUUAUGAAUAUUAUUCAAAUCAAAUUGGAUAACUGGUAUAGUCAAUCAAUCUUGAAGCAUAAACUUUUGUACAUUAAUAUCCAAAUUUUGCAAGCUUCUUAUUAUUUAUUAAGCCAUAUUUUUAUGCUUAUAAUUAUGAUCCAAAAGGACUCACAUUCUAAUUUUAAUCAAAGGAAUUAAUUAAUGAACAUGUGCAUUUUACAUUAGAAAAAAACAAGUGA